UAAUGGGAUGCAAUGAAUCACGUAAAGAGAAUAAGAUCUCACUAAAUGAUGUUGUGUUAGAUAAACUACGCCGUUUGUUUGAUAGAUUACGCACUCGUUAUAGAGAGUAAAUUUAAUUCGUUUUUCUUUAGAACGGCUACAACAGACUAUCUUUGUUAAGAGAGUUUGGAGUUUCUAUGCGAUGGUAAUCCAUCUUUGGGAGGAAAACUAUAUCAGUUCAUGUUAAAGCAUUCUACAAACAAGAAAGUUGAUUUCGAGAACUUCAUACCCAUAGUCGAAAUCUUGAUUGAAGAACCGAGUUCUUAUCAUCUCCAAGGAUACAGAUCCCUUGAUAAGAUGGAAAUAUUUUUCCUUAUUAGCUUGCAACGACUAUCAAUAGAUGAUCCUGAAUUCAAAGAUUCUAAUGUAUCCUACUUAGAAGCACUUUAAUUUCUCCAAGAUGUAGAGUACAUUUCUUUGAGAUCAGGGUUGGCUUUAAGUUCAAAAUUCACUCCUGAUGAAUCAGUUGCUCGAUCUAUAUUGAGUGCUGUAUAUCCUAACAGUUCAGGAGCUGUCAAAUGGUGGAGUCUAGUACUCUUCUUUAAAUAACUAUUCCCUCAUCUAACAGAAUAAGUUAAACAAUACUUCACCAUGCUCUUUUUGAGUGUAUAACAAUAGAAACUUUAAGCAAGGUAUCAAAUCUCAAUUAAAUCAGAUUUACAAAACCAUCUUAUUUACUUAAUGGUCCAUAAUAUAUAUAUUUAGCACUUGGAAAUGCAUAUAUUAAAUCAUCAAGUCAAGUAAAUUUAUUAUGGAGUAAUGCCGUAUCUGGUUGGAAUUUUGAGUCUCUUUAUAGAGCACUGUUAUCUUUUGAUGGACCAACUAUAUUCCUCUUGAAAUUCAGUAAUGAUACUGAUGAAUCUAUUGUUGGUGCUUUCCAAAAGAAAAAAUGGAUUGAUUAAGGGUUAUAUUAAGGUAAUGAAGAAAGUUACCUUUUCUAAUUGAAUCCUAAGUUCAAAGUAUUUGCAGCAAGUCGUUUCAAAAGAACAUUCCCUAAUGAAAGUGAUUAAAAUACUCAAAAUUAUUCUUAUUUACAUUAUUUUGGAGAAGGUAUUGGUGAUUAUAAAGGAUUGAAUGAAGUCGCACCAUCAGGAGUUGGUUUUGGAGGUGCCAAUAAUAAAUUUAGAUUAUGGAUAGAUGCUCAAGAUAUGUAAAGAAAAAGUUAUGUUACUCCAGAAGAUGAAACAUAUAAAAAAGGUAUUUUAAUAAUUUUAUAAUUCAGGUUCAUUAAUCAAUCCAGUUUUGAAAGAAUAUAAAUUGACAUAUGCAGAAAUUUGGAGUGUUGGAAAAGAAGUUGAUAUACUGAGCACUCAAUUAUUAAUUGAAAAAGCUAAUUAUUUAGAAUCACAUUAUUUAAGAUCUUCUAUGAGAGUUCAAAAAGAAAUGAUUGGAUUAAUGAAAGCACCAUUAAAUAUGGAAGAAGAACAAUAAGCUCGUUUGUCUGGAGUUUCCAAAUCUCAUAUUAGAACUUCAUCAGCAGUUCAAUAAUCAAGGAAAGCUUAAAUUCUAGACAUGGUUGAUCCAUAAGCUGUUCAAUCAAAUUAUUAAUCUAAUCAAAGAAAUACUUAAACAUCUUUGGCUAGAAGCAAAACUUCAAAAAGUUAUGUGCCUUAAGCAGCUUAAAUUCAAGAGGAAGGUGUUGAAGAAACAGGUUUUGGAGCAACUACUUUAUUUAGAGGCAGUGCUCCUCCAGAGUAACCAUAAGAACCAGAAGUUGGCUAUGGUGCUACAUAGCUUAUCAGAAGUUCAUAUUAAAAAGAAUGAC